AGAACGAGAGGAGGACGGACACUCCAACCUGAGCUUUCAUAGAGAAAAAGCGGGACUAAACCCUAUCUUAACCUCUGACGAUGGACAAGAGCGACCUGGUGCAGAAAGCCAAGCUCGCCGAACAGGCGGAGCGCUACGAUGACAUGGCCGCUGCCAUGAAGGCGGUGACUGAGGGCGGCGACGAGCUGUCCAACGAAGAGCGUAACCUGCUGUCUGUGGCCUACAAGAACGUGGUUGGUGCACGCCGCUCUUCCUGGCGUGUCAUCUCCAGCAUCGAGCAGAAGACCGAGUCCAACGAGAAGAAGCAGCUGAUGGCACGCGAGUACCGCGAGAAGAUCGAGAGCGAGCUGAAGGAAAUCUGCAAUGAUGUUCUGGGACUCCUGGAUAAGUAUCUCAUUCCCAAUGCCUCUCCGGCUGAGAGCAAGGUGUUCUACCUGAAGAUGAAAGGCGAUUAUUAUAGAUACCUGUCUGAGGUUGCAUCUGGGGACUCCAAGAGCUCUACAGUCGAUAACUCUCAGAAGGCCUACCAGGAUGCGUUUGAGAUCAGCAAGAAAGACAUGCAGCCCACACACCCCAUCCGGCUUGGUCUGGCUCUCAACUUCUCUGUCUUCUAUUAUGAGAUCCUGAACUCACCCGAGAAGGCCUGCAACCUUGCCAAAACGGCCUUCGAUGAAGCCAUUGCUGAGCUUGACACCUUAAAUGAGGAUUCCUACAAAGACAGCACCUUGAUCAUGCAGUUACUAAGGGACAAUCUUACCCUGUGGACGUCGGAAAACCAGGGUGACGAUGCAGAUGCGGUCGAGGGAGAGAACUAGAGGAGCCACACUGAUCUCCAAACACCCACGCGCACACACCCCCAUCUUAC